AUGCCUCAUCAAAACCACACUAAGGUAACUGAAUUCAUCCUCCGGGGACUAACUGAGGACCCAGAACUUCAGAAAAUCCUUUUUGUAGUCUUCCUGGUGAUCUACAUCAUCACCCUGGUGGGGAAUCUGGGUCUGAUCAUGCUGAUCCAUAACUGUCCACGACUCCACACUCCCAUGUACUUUUUCCUCAGUCAUCUCUCCUUUGUGGAUUUGUGUUACUCCUCAAACAUCACCCCUCAGAUGCUAGUCCAUUUCCUCUCAGAGAGAAAGGCCAUCUCCUAUGCAGGAUGUUUCAUGCAGUGUCUUGCCUUCAUUACUUUGUUGAUUACAGAGUUUUAUAUCCUUACUUCAAUGGCCAUUGAUCGCUAUGUAGCCAUCAGCAGCCCUCUGCAGUACAGCACCAAAAUGAACCAGAAUGUCUGCCUCUGCCUGGUCAUGUUUCCCUAUGUCUAUGGCUUCCUCAAUGGUCUUUCUCAAACUCUGCUGACCUUCCAUUUAUCCUUCUGUGGGCCCAAUGAAAUUAAUCACUUCUACUGUGCUGAUCCUCCUCUUAUACUAUUGUCUUGUUCUGAUCCCUAUGUUAAAAAAAUGGCCAUGCUCAUAGUACGGAAUCAAACAGAGGUGACUGAAUUUGUCCUGUUGGGACUCUCAGAAAAUCCCAAACUUCAACUUAUCCUCUUUGUGAUAUUCCUCUUCAUCUACACAGCCACCAUGGUGGGCAAUUUGGGCAUGAUCCUGUUGAUCAAAAUUGAGCCUAGACUCCAUACCCCUAUGUAUUUCUUCCUCAGCAAUUUGUCUUUUGUGGACUCAUCUUAUUCCUCUUCAAUCACUCCCAAGAUGCUGGUAAACCUCUUGGAUGAGAACAAGGCCAUCUCCUUCAAUGGUUGUGCAGCUCAGUUUUACUUCUUUGGCUCAUUUGUGGGUAUUGAGUGUUUUCUCUUAGCAAUCAUGGCAUAUGAUCGCUAUGUGGCUAUUUGCUACCCACUAUUAUACUCUGUUAUAAUGUCAGAAAGAAUUUGCCUCAUGCUGGUCAUUUCUGCAUUUUUAGGUGGUUUUAGUAAUGCAGCUAUUCACACUGGUAUGACCUUCAAGUUGUCCUUUUGUGGCUCCAAUCUGAUUAAUCAUUUUUACUGUGAUACACCACCCCUUCUGAAACUCUCUUGUUCAGAUACUUAUAUCAAUGGGAUACUCAUCAUGAUUUUCUCCAGCCUCAUUGUUAUCAGUUGUGUGUUGAUGAUCCUCAUAUCUUACCUUUUCAUCCUUGUCACCAUCUUGAGGAUGAGGUCUGCUGAGGGUAGGAGCAAAGCUUUCUCCACCUGUGCCUCCCACUUAACGGCUGUCACCAUUUACUUUGGGACCAUUCUAUUCAUGUAUUCACGUCCCACCUCUAGUUAUUCAAUGCAGCAAGAUAAGGUGGUCUCUGUAUUUUAUACAGUGAUUAUUCCCAUGCUCAAUCCCUUCAUAUACAGUUUAAAAAACAAAGAUGUUAAAAAUGCCCUGAAGAAGGUUUUACAGAGACAUAUAUCUUAA